AUGUUCGCUGCGGCGACUAAGAACUUUGUGAAGCAGGUGGGAGACACAGGUCGGUUGAUCCCUGUACCGAGCCUGAGUGAGGCUGACCGCUACCAACCCCUCAGCCUGGUCACCAGGAAGAGGAAGAGACACUUCUGGAAGAAAACCAAGUACGCCUCAACCCCCUUCUCCCUGAAAGACAUCCUGGUGGGGGAGAAGGAGAUCACAGCAGGGGUGUCGUCCUACCAGCUCCUGAACUAUGAGGACAAGUCUGACGUGGCCCUGAACGGCAGAUUAGGGAACCACCUGCUGAACGACGUGGGGUUCAACAUCAGUGGUUCAGACUCUGUGGCUGUCAAAGCCUCCUUUGGGAUCGUCACCAAACACGAGGUAGAGGUCCCAACUCUGCUCAGGGAACUCAACUCCAGGAAAGUGGAUCUGGAUCACUGUCUGAUUCGUCAGUCCAAAGAAAGUGGGCGGAGUGUUCUCUGCAUUGUCAUGGAGAGCAUCCGUUCGACGCGUCAGUGUUCUCUCACUGUCCACGCUGGCAUGAGACGGACGACUAUGAGGUUUCAGAUUGAAGAUGGUCAAAACCCCAAAGGUCGAGACAAGGCCAUAGUGAUCCCAGCUCACACCACCAUCGCAUUCAGCAUCUUUGAACUGUUUGUUCGAUUGGAUGGACGACUUGACGACAGGACGUUUGAGGAGCUCACCCACACCCACUCAGACACCUACAUGGACGACGUAGUGACAGACUACUAUGAAAAGGCAGCCAGCAUGACGGACGUCUCCUCCACCUACCCGAGAGGGGACUCCCACUCCCGUGUCAACCUCCUCAACCACAACAUCCCCAAGGGCCCCUGUGCCCUGUGUGGCAGGGGCCAGACACCGAGGGAGACGGUAUACGGCUGUCUGGAGUGCUCCUCCGGCGGGCACAAGUACGUCAGGCUACACGUGGUGCCUUGUUUCGACCUGUGGCACAAGACGCUCAGCUGAAGAGAUGGACUCAGGAAGAGAGAGAGAGGUCAUCCCUGAUUAGGCAUAUAGUACCUAGCUAAUAGCCCUGUGCCAUACUGACAGUCAGAAAACUGGGGCUGGACAAUGUCUGUAGUACUGUAUCUGAUUUGGAGCUGCCUUCCACUCCCCCUCAAUGGAUCCUCCCAAGUGACUCCCUCCGUUAGUCUACAUUAGUCUCCUCUACUCUAUUCCAUCUCUAUUCCAACUAUUUCAUCUACACUUGACCUUGUUGUGGCCUCAUUCUGCUGGUUUCAAAGUGUGUCAUCAGGUCUUUUGGGUCAUCACCUGACGUUCAGUGUUUGUAGUGGGGUGUUUCGACCUCACCAGGUCAGUGGGACAUUGUAAUGGUGAAAAGAGAGUGAAGAGGCUGUAAAUCUACAUUCAUAUUGCCAUGGUUACGUGACACGGAUUCUCCUUUGUUGUUAUGUUUUUGUGACAUUUCGUUUUCUAUGGCUGGAUGAUUUAUUUUUAACUAAAGAUUGAGGUUUUCUCUGUA